CGUGCCGCUAACUCUCGACAUUCAACAGGUAUUCUAUACAAUCGAUGUGUGUUUGUGCCGUAUCCUCUUGGCGGUAGCGUUGCGCUGGUAUCAGUGAUCUGCGCUCUUCCUUCGUGAAGAGACGCUUGCGCCGGUAAGGCAGACACACAUCCGUCCUCCCAUGGCCACCGACAUUAGUACGCCGCUGGCCGUCGAGGGUGGAUGAUCUUUCGUUCGUAGUUCGUUCGGUGCGCUUCGUUAUUUUUGUUUACGCUUACGGGAUCCCUGUGUAACUUGAUUUUUUUCGAGUACUGCGUUUUACGAGCGUAAGUGCUUGUAUACCGUCAAAAAAUUCUGUAAAAAAACGUAACCAUCGUUCGAUGACUGUCGAUUCGAUACGUUUUAUAAACCUUGUUCGAUCGUAGAGUGUUUUUCGUUUACGCGUAAAAAUCCGAGAGAUUGUUUUGUCUAAGCUAACUACUAUUGCGAUUCGAAAGGCCAGCGAUACGUGUUGUAAACAAUUCUCCAUUCAUAUCGCGCACAAGGACUAUACAGAAAAAGACGGUUACGUGACGGAGAAAGUGCGAUGUCGAGUACGCGAUUCAGAAAUGUCAAUCGGGUCAUGUUUUUCGACGUUGUUUAAGCUGUGACAUCUACGGGAAUGGAGUAGGUCAAAUAAUGAAAGCUGAAAGACAUUUCUUCGAACCAGAAAUCGUGCAUUGUCUCUUUAAAGGAAAGAAAAAGAAAGUAGGGAAGUGAAAAUAAAAACGAAAGUGCAAACUGCCAUGUGCAAGAAAAAAAGUGGGUGUACUACUGUCAGUAAGAAGAACGCAAGAGAAACUUUGAAACGAUGACGGAAGGCGGCCCGAACAUAAGCGACCUGAUGACGAAAACGCAGAAGAAUUGGCGGCGUUUGCUGGCUGGCUGCUUGGUCGCAGUGAUGGUGCUCGGGUUGGUCGUAGCUGCGGCGAUUCUUCUAACCGGAAGCCUGGAUUCCUCUGGCUCUAGAGCGCCAGCCGCACCUGGUAUUUCCCUUGAAGAAUGGCUCGCGGGCUCGUUAUCCCCGAAGAGCUUCAACGGCACGUGGAUCAGCGGAAACGAGAUACUGUAUCGCGAUGAAACUGGGAAUCUCCUGAUCUAUAAUGUCACAUCGAGGAAGCCGAGGACGAUACUGGACUCGAGUAAUAACGCAUUGAUGUCGAGUUUUGAUCAUCAAUUAUCGGCUGAUAGGAAGUAUCUUCUACUGGCCAUCGAUUAUCAGAAGCUCUAUCGACACACGUACCUGGCCCACUACAGGAUCGUGAACCUGGAGACCUUGUCAGAGACUUCGUUGAUGGCGAAUGAGUCCAUUUCCCUGCAACUGGCAACUUGGGCUCCGAAGGGCAACGCUCUGGUCUACGUUUAUCAGAAUAACAUCUACUACAGGCCGAAGGCGGAAGUUGCCGACGAUUAUCAAAUCACGGACACCGGAGUCUUCGGGACAAUCUAUAAUGGAGUGCCGGACUGGGUAUACGAAGAGGAGGUGUUCGGAUCCAACAAGGCUUUAUGGUUCUCGCCGAGCGGCAGUAAACUGGCCUUUGGUUACUUCGACGAUUCCCAUACGCCGAUCAUAACGAUACCGUUUUACGGAUACCCGGGCAGCCUGACGUUCCAGUAUACGUCCGCGAUCUCGAUCCAUUAUCCGAAGAGUGGUACGAUCAAUCCCACGGUGAAGUUGUUUUACGUCGACUUAGAGAAGGUGGUUCAGGGUAACGUGAGCUUAACUGAAAUCGAACAUCCGGUCGAGCUGUCCUCCGAAGAGCGGAUUUUAUCUGCCGUCGCUUUUCCUACGGACAAUCUCGUGUACGCGACCUGGAUGAACAGGGUGCAGAACAAGGCGUACUUCCACUUCUGCUAUGUUCGCAACGCCCUACCCAACUGUUCUACGGCGCUGUCGCACUCGGAGAAACGCGGAUGGGUCGAGCAAUUCGAGCCGCCGAUGUUCAGCGACGACGGGGACUCGUUCCUUACUAUUCUGCCGCAAAGGCAGCACGAUGCCAGUUAUUGGAGACACGCGAUUGCAAUUACGAAUAUAACCUCGGGCAAGCCGAGGAUCGCCGCCAUCACUUCCGGUCGGUUCGUCGUCACAGAGAUAGUUUCCUGGGACCAGCAGAACUCGUACCUCUACUACCUGGCCACCACGGAGGAGGAGUCCGCGGUGCAGCAUUUAUACAGGAUAUCCACGAGAGACGCUACGAAUCGGAGGGCGACGUGUUUGAGCUGCGGCAUCGUCCGUGAAACGGACAGAAACCGGUGCCUCUACAACACCGCAAAGUUUUCCACCGAUCACUCGCAUUACGUGCUCACUUGCGCCGGUCCCGGAGUACCUGACAUCGUCGUUUACAACCGGAAUUCCACGAAGCUACUCGUGUGGGAGGAUAACGAGGCAGUCUCCGAGACCAUCGCAGAGAAAUCGCAACCGGUGGUGCGUCGUUACAAGGUCCCGGUUCCUGGGGGAUUCAAGGCCCGCGUCAGACUACUGAUUCCACCCAAUGCCGAUUUGUCUGGCGCCGUCAAAUAUCCUAUGCUCAUCUUCGUAUACGGCGGGCCAGAUUCGUAUCAGGUCACGGAGAAGUUCAACGUCGAUUGGGGCACGUAUCUCGUAACGAACAAGAGUAUCAUCUACGCGACCAUCGACGGCCGGGGCUCCGGUUUAAUGGACAACGGCAUGCUAUUCGCCGGAUAUCGAAACUUGGGAACGGUUGAGAUCGCCGAUCAGAUCAACGUAACCAGAUACCUACAAGACACACUUCCGUUCAUCGACCGUAGCCGGACGGCGAUAUGGGGCUGGAGUUAUGGUGGAUACGCGACAGGCAUGACGCUUGCCAAGGAUUAUCACGGUGUCUUCAAGUGCGGCAUGUCCGUGGCACCUGUAACAGAUUGGGCUCUUUACGAUUCGAUCUACACGGAACGAUUCAUGGGGCUUCCAAUGGCUAACGACAAUUUACACGGCUACGAGCAAGGUCAACUGUUAAACAAAGUGGAUAACAUUAAAAAUAAAAUGUACUAUCUAAUUCAUGGGACUUUGGAUGAUAACGUGCAUUAUCAACAGUCCUUAUUGCUCGCAAAGGUCCUCGAGCAAAAGGAUAUACUGUUCCGUCAACAGACCUACACGGACGAAGACCACGGAAUCGCUCAAUCACGCGCUCACCUUUACCAUUCUUUGGAAAACUUCUUGGACGAAUGUUACGAAGCCGAUUCGGGAAGAACGACAAUCUAGAUGCCCUGCCUCGUCACCUGCCUCAAAUUCCACUUGUAAAUACCUUGCCACUUGUACAUACUCGAUGUACAAUAUGUAACAUGAAGAGUUAGUGUAUAUAAUUGAAGGAUGAAACCCGAGAUAUCGAUUUGAAUGAUUGAAAUCGAAACGAAAUUUUCUCCGAUACCCGCCAAUAUAUGUAUUAAAAUUAAAAAUCAAAUGUCAUUUUCGAGUGCCAAAACGAGCAAGAGGAUUCUUUCCGCCUAUUUUCUCGGAGACGUUCACCGAAGGCCUACUAGAUUCGAGAUGAACCAUUUUUAGCCCCUUAUAAAUAAAUGAAAGAAUCAUUGAAUGAUUGUUGUAGAAGCACGAGCAAAUGAAAAUCGUUGUAUGUAUAAGCGCCGACGACUUGUAAACGUCGAGAGCGAGAGGAAUGUUUUCUUGUGGAAUAUAUUGCAUUGUUAUAACACAGUGUAUUAUAAAGACACAGUACUGUAACAAGGAUUCGUUUAAUUACGGAUUUGUACCACAUGUUCCUUUCUAGUUUCUCGUUGAAGUAAAUAUCGAAUAUGGAACAAUAUACGAUAGUUAAACUCUGUGUAAAGGAAAACUAUAUCCGGUAUUGGUUGUGAUUUUUAAAAUUCUUUUUAAAGUGAAAGAUAUGACAGAAUAUACAUCCGAGUGACAUCAUCGACGAUAUCGAGUAUCUUGUAUUUCCUUCUUUUUAAUUCAAUAGUUUUUGGUGGUGGCAUAUAGUUUAUUAGCACUUGAAUCACUCAUAUAGUUUACGCUGUUUUGCCAAGUAUCUUGGCAAUAUUGUACGCAUUGCUUUAUAAGAAUUAUUUUAUUUUAUAUGAAGAAUAUACUCUGUAACGAUAGACUGGGCAAGUGAAUGUAAUCACACGUAUGAUUAUUUACAAUUGAAAAAUAAAUUUCUUCGUCUUGGUUUUAUCAAUGUUAGACGCUAAAACUUCUCCAGUGGUAUCAUAGUUUAAGAUUUUCAUCGUGUAUAUAAGUUGCUGUACUGGUUGUCAAAGAACUCCUCAAUAUGAUAGGGCUAUUUCUCUUUACUAUUAAAAAAAAGAAAAAUAUAAAACAUUAUCGCGACUUAUAGUUAACACCUAAGUGUAUAUCCCGUAGCGUAAGCGACAUAUUAACGAGAGAAUUAAGGGAAGUUUAAAUACGACAAUUUUAUAACGAAAGGACCACUGUAAUGGUUUCGACGACGGAUCAAUAGGAACUUCUCGAAUUAAUUGUUAUCUUUUAUUCAAACGUAUUGUACAAAAAUAUUUAAUCAAAUAUAUACAAUUCAAAAUACAUUACUUGGAAAAAAAUAUAUUCAACCACGCGUAAUUAGGAGAAAAAUAUAACGAUACUUCAGUGGUAUUACGAAGUUAUUAUCAUUAUUAUCAUCCCUUCACUAUUUGUUGAAUGUAUUAUGAAUAAAGUUCUAUGUUUUAUUAA